AUGCUGGAGUCUGUGGUGGAACGGCUGCUGAGCCGCUAUCUGGCACAGUAUGUGGAGGGCAUCAGCCGGGAUAAGCUCUCCGUAGCGGUGUGGAGUGGCAACGUCGAGCUUGAGGAUCUGCACAUAAAGCCCGACGUCUCGGAUCUCCUAGGCAUUCCGUUUCGCGUCCUUUGGGGCCGUAUUCAGAAGAUAAAGAUCACGAUCCCCUGGUCGAGGAUGGGAUCUGCGCCCGUCUGCGUGGAGGUGGCUGGAUUGCACGUGCUGCUGGAGCCAAAACCCAUACCCCAUCAAGGCGACGCCGAGCUAAUCGAACAACUGCGGGAGAUCAAGCGCAAACAAGUGGUGGCGUGCGAGCAGCAGAUGCUGGACGCUCGACUGCGCCUCGCGGAGCAGCACCAACAGCCCGUGCCGGGGGCUUCAGGCAGCAGCAAGGAGGGCGAUGGUGGCUUUUUCUUUCGCUUUAUGAACAAGAUUCUCAGCAACCUCCUCGUCGACAUCCGCGACGUUCAUGUUGCGCUGGUAGACCCCGUGCGAGGCUUCUCCUUGGGAGUGCUCCUAACCCAAGCCUCUAUACACAACACCGAUGCAGCGUGGCGACGCCAUGAAGAAACGCUUCCCCAGCAGUCGGAUGCCGCCUUCUACAAGGCAUGCGAACUAAGCGGCCUCGCGAUCUACUGCGCCCUCGAUCGGCGCGAGAAACAGCAGCCAAAACAGCAGCAACGCCACCAACCCAAGGCGCAGCAGCAGCAGGAUCUACCGUCACACUUCGCGGACUCUUUGCCCCCCCCCCCCAUACCCCCACCUCCUCCCUCCUAUCCGCCUCCCUUCGCCGUCUGCAAGAGCGGCGCAGGCGCUGCGCAAGAACGCUUGCAGCGGAGUCGAGAGGCUGCGGGGGCAGGUGGGGAUUCUCAUGCAUGCAACCCUCGAGCGCAGACGCAUGAACUCCCUGUACAGCUGAGAGGCGAAACCUUUGCAGGGCCCGCACCAGGUACCCCCUUCAGAGAAAGCCUCGAAGGAAGCCACCAAUCGGCAUUUCACGAGUAUGCGAUGUCCUUUGUGACGCAUCAGGCGCAGUCUCUGUCGUUCCAAUCCCCGAUGUCGGGCGAUUUUUUGGAGGCUUCUGCAGCGCCUCCAGGAAACGUGGGGUCUCCCGUUGAGGGCGUUGAAGGAGUUCAGUGCAUGCCACCCCCUUCGCGUGGCGGCAUUGCCUGUCCCCCUGACGUGGCGAUCUAUCCCACGUCUUCGGCGGGGGAUCAAGAGGCUGUUGCAGCUUCGUGGCACCUCUGGGGAGUGGGGGGGAAGGAGGGUGGGGUUCGCAGCCGAACGCAGUAUGUUUUGAAGCCUUUGCACCUGCGACUGACGCUGUCUCACGCAACAGCCCAGCAGGAGCUUGUGGCUCGUCUGGAGGUGCUGCGGGAGAGUCAGGGUGUCGAAAUUGGACGAUCACAGCUGGAAGCCCUCUUGGCGAUUUCUAAUGAAGCAACGCAGCGACGCCAGCGAUGCGAGCAGCUGCUGCUGCGGCAGGCACACACUGUUGUGCUGGGCGCAGAGGGUCUCGAGGGAGUGACGCAAAGAGAAUUUAUUCAACUGUAUAGCCGGCAGCUGCAAACGGUGGCAGGAGUUCGAGGGGUCUCUCCCUUGACGGCUAGGGAGCAGCAGAGGCUUACGACGCUCCACGACGUUGUGGGAGUUCGCCAUCUCGCCAAGUGGCGCAACAUUUGCGUGGAGGCAACGAACCGCGUCGUGCAGCAAACGCAGCUGCUGCAGCAGCAGCAGUUGCUGCAGCAGCAGCAGCAGCAGCAGCUCCCCAGGCAGCAGCAGCAGAGCUGGUGGCAGUGGGUUAUGCGCCGUCAGGCAGCGACAGAUGAGCAGCUGCAGCAGGCCCAUGCAGUCGGAGACGGUGCAAAUAAUAAUGGAGGGGAAGACGCAGACGCGCCUCUUCUGACAAGUGAAGACAUUCAACUGAUCGUCGAUGCUGUUCAGUCUGACAAGCUCAUGCAGAGCGUGUCUCUCCCCACGAAGUACGUCCUCACCUUCGAGCUCGAGCACUUCAGCAUUUGCUUGAAAGACGAUGAAGCGGAUGUCGUGGAACCGACAGAAGUCGUGGCAGAAGCGAUCAAGGAGGCCAAAGCGAUCAAGGCUAUAGGCUACUCCCCCACGGAAGCCGCAAAGGCUUUUCCCCCCAACUUUCCACUGCCCCCUGCAGCACCCAAACUCGCAGCAGCAGUGGUUGCUGGAGGGGUGAUGGAUACAGGGGGGACUGCAGCCAUGCACGGUAAAGGAAGCGGUGCGAAAGUCUCUGGGGGGGAGCCUUACAGGGGAUGUGGAGGCGUCCGUUCAGAGGCUGCAGCGGCGAAUAACGCUUUCCUGUCGAUUGAACUCUUCAAUCUUGGAGCCACUCUAGACCUGUUGAACAAGCAAGACGCUGCAGGAAGAGACAACAGCGAGUGGCUGUUUUGCAUCUCCCUGUCCAACGUGACCGUGAGGCAGCAGUCGCAUCUCCUCAUGCACUUUCGGCGAGACGGUGAGUCUCCUUCUGAUGAGACGCGAAGUCGUGGCGAGGAAUCGCUAGCCGUGCCCACACCGCUCCUCGCGGCAGCAGCAGCUGACAGCCUGUUGGGUUACCGCCAUCGACUUAUGGCGAACGCUACUAUCAGCAGCAGCAGUAGCAGUAGUUGCAGCCGUGCAGUCUCGAGUGACUCGCUGACGGCUGCUCACCUCGAACUGCGCCACGACUUGACGCCUACAGGCAAUAUUCUGGGAAUGUGUAUUCGGCUGGCCCCCCUGAUUGCUGCCGUAAAGCCCGAGCUACUGCGAACUCUAUGCGACUUCUUUGUCUUCGAGACGCCAGCCGACUUGCGCAGGUUCGAAGAGGAAGAUGAGAGACGCAAUCACUCGGCUGCCGCUUGUGCGGCUUCAGCCCCUGCUGCUACUAAGGCUGCUGCUGCUCAGGGGGAUUUAGACGUCGCAGAGGCAGCAGCGGCAGAGGCAGCAGCGGCAGAGGCAGCAGCAGCAGAGGCAGCAGCAGCAGAGGCAGCAGCAGCAGCUGCGGAUUCGAGUCGCGUUGCAACGGAAGUCGAUGAAAUGCGCAAAAGCGAGUUCGUGGAGGGCCUUAGGGAAACGGGGGAGACGGUGUAUUCUGCGGCUGUUCAGCAUCUACCAGAUUUGGUGCAACUGGAUUUGUUGGUGGCUGCGCCUAUCCUGAAUUUGGACGGCAAGGCUGCUGGCAGCGUUGCCUUGCACCUGGGAACGCUUUCUCUCCGCUCAGACGGCCCCUGCCCGUAUGAUGCCUUGCGUGGCGUUCUCGAGUUCAACGAGACGCGUCUCAUCUGUACGCCGACAGGGCAUCAAGAAGUGUCUAUACUGCGUCCUAUUCCGAUCCGCAUGCACAUCGAGGUUCUGCAGAUGAAGGAAGUCAAUUUGAACAUCAUGUUCGAGGAGAUUUUCCUGGAGCUAACGCCUGAAGCCAUCGGACUUCUGAUUGCCGUGCCUGCCUCUAUGGCCAAGUCGCUGCUGCAAGUGCGUCCCAAGGCAGCGUCAACGUCAGUGGCAGCGGGGGAGGCUCUGGACGGCAGCAGCAGCAGCAGCGUCUUCCGCGCCAGUGGGGUGCAAGCAGACACUUCAGGAGCGAUAGGGAUCCAAAAAGACGACGAGAGGCAGGCCUUCUUGUGCACGGACGCGACGACGACAGAAGCAGGCAGCAAGGAUGGAAGCAGCAGUCCAGAGCGUGAGACGCUGUCUCAAUUGGUAUUCGCGUCUACGUGGCGCUUCGGUCGCUGUGGUUUCUUGAUCAGGGGAUCAGCAGAAAGGGAAACGAGCAGCGCAGUAGAGCGAUGCCCCCCCGUGUUGCAGGCAGAACUCUCCGAUCUACUCGUCGAAGUCACUGCGGAUCUACAGACUGGCGCAUGCGGUGCCAUUGCCGAGUUGCAACAAGUUCUUGUUUCAGAUCCUUCCACGAAUUCGCCACUCUUCAUGUCUUUGCAGACACCGGCGAGUGCCAUGGACUCUGGAGAGGGGGGAGCAAGCCGUGGCAGCAGCGGCAGUUUGGUGCGCAGCGGCCCUCCGAUGUUGCGGUGCGCGACUUCGUCUUCGGUGGGUGGUUUGUGCGAAGACGAGGAGUUUCACGAUGCAGUGGAGGAAGCGGAAAAAGGGCUUCGCGUAGAGCUGCAGAUAGCGCAGCGUUCGAAGGCACAAACCGUCUCGGGGAGCGCAACGGGGGGAGACAGUUCAUCUGCGUCGUCUGUCGGAGGGGGGAAAGCUGCAGGGGUAUCCUCGCUCCCAAAGGCUACGCUGGCUGUGACUUCGCUUCCUGUGGAGAUGCACUGGCGGCAGCAGAGUCUUCGGCGCAUCCUGCAGGCCCUUGCGACGUACAAGCAGACAGUGCAUCGACGUCUGCAGCUGCACCUAGACGAGCUCUCCGAGGCUUCCGCCGCUGCAGUAGGACCGCGCGGUCUUCUUUCCAAGGAGACUGUGGCAGCGGUGCAGGGUACGCUGCAGAGUGUGCAGCAGACUCUGUCCUUCGUAUCCGAGGAGGACGAAGCGGAGGCGGGGGAAAAAAAUGUGCUGCUGCGUGCGGCUCUCUCUAAGGUCAGAGGGCCCCCCCCCCCUCUCCCAGCUGCUGCUGCUGCUCCCAGUGCAGCAACAAGUUCUGGAAGAAACUGGCUGAAGAUUGGGCUUGAUUCGGGGGCGUCCAUGCCACCCUUGGCAGUGCACUGGAGAUCAAGCGCGGAGACAGGGGAGGGGGGGGACGGUGCACUGCCUUCGGUUGCGCAAGCAGCAGCCCAGGUUCUGCAGGGGGGGGCGAUGCCCUCUCUGAGCCUUGAGUUAACCCUCGUCUUCAUGGAAGUGGCGAUUGCCUUUUGGGAAGCGAACGACGUGGUGUUGGCACGCAUGGCGCUCAAGGACCUUAGAGCGUCCAGUCUUUUUUAUUCAAAUAGUGACUCGGAGACAGCCUUCUCGAUCGGCGAUGGAGGCAUUGUGUUUAGAGACAGGUGUGUCUUGGGACCGCGUGCGCGAUACUCCUGCAGAGAGUCUCCUUCCCAGAGGGAGGAGAAGCGCGUGUUGCGGGAGGACGAGGCGUCUGCAGGAGCAGCAUCUCCCCCACCACUGUCAGAGAAUGCUGCGACGCCUCUGCCCUCCUCCCCCUUGCGGGGGGAGGCGAAGGGGGAGGAGCCUUCCGUGCCGGCUACUUCGGAUGCAGGAGACGCCGAAGCGUCGUCUCUCAAGAACGCACUCCUGCCCCCCCCCGCUUUGUUCACAGCCAAAUUCCGUGAGUACGGGGGCCCCCACCCGCUGACAGGGGCCCCUCUGCCCUACUCCGUCUGCCUGGAGGGGCAGCUCGAGCAAGUCUGCUUUGUGUAUCGCCAACAAGACGUCUCGCGCACUCUCGAGUAUCUCAGAGACGGCAUCUUCGACGUCGUCAUUUCCAAGUCGUACAGAGCCGUCAAAGAAGCAGCAACGUCUUCCUACUGCCUCUUUGCCCUCAAUAUCCAGUCCCCCCUCUUCAUCCUCGCCGAAGACAAAGAAGCCAUCCCCGGAUACGUUGUGCCUCCCGGCUAUCGAAUGCCCAACAGGCGCAGUCGACGCGCUAACGCGGGGGGGCCGGCAGCAGCUAAAACAGCGGCGGCAACAACCACACCCACUGCAGAAAUGGAAGUCAAUGUAGACCACUUAGGACGUUUCAUCGUGUUUGAUCUCGGCAACUUGAAGAUUCGGAAUGCCUACGUGUCAGGGAUGAUGGAAAAACAGCGACGGCGGAAGACCUCUGACGUUGCGCUCUUCUCUUCGUCUGCAGAGAGCCAGUCAUGUAGUGGUGGUCAUCGUUCUCCUCGUGCUUCUGCUUUUUCUGCCAUGCGCGGAAGGAGGCUUUCAGAGCCUGAUUUUGUCUUUUCAGACUUGCAUCUGGAGAUGCGUGGCAUGCAGAUAAGCGCAAGCGACAACGGGCAAGAGCCAGCUGCCGGAGGCUGCCUUUUGGGAAACGUUGAUGCGUGUGUGCUGCUGCGCAGCAGUCCAGCCACGUUGCGUGUCGAAGCAGAGACGACUCCGUGGCUGCUGCAUUUGUCGAGACACCAGCUCACCCUCAUCUUUGACGUUUUGAAUGAGAACAUUGGAUUUCAGGGGUAUCAUACGCCUGUCGAGGUUGUGCCGAAGGGGGGGAGGGUGGCUUGUGCCCUCGAAGACGGCAGCUGCAGGAGCUUCAGCAAUGGAAGCAACGGCAGCGCAAACAGGGGUAUCCAGCGAAUGGAUGGGGAAGCCUUGCGAAGGGAGCUGGAGGAAAUUCCCCCUCUAGCCGUCGAGUGUUUCAUCAAGAUCUCGCAAUUGACGCUUAAGGCCUCCUUUGGGCUACGAACUCCUCUGGCACUGCUCUCCCUCCACCCCAUCACUGCGCGUGUGACUGCGUCUGUCUCCCGUCUUGUUUCCUGCUACAAGUUGCGCCUCAGUGCGGAGACUUUCAGCAUCGACGAUCUGCGAAAAGGCAGCGCCAACUACUUCAAAAGAGUCGCCCACUGCACGGCCCCCGUGGAUGAAGCGUCCACAAGAGACAGCGACGACAGCGAAGACAGCGACGACAGCGAAGAAGCUGAUGCCGGUGAAGAAGCCCUGUUGAGCAGAGACGAGGAAGAGGUCAGUGGGGACGCAUGCUCUGACGGCGAGAGAAAAUCAAAGCACUCACGGAAGAAGAAGAUCCGUCCAGCCAUAGUUUUCGAGUUUGGAUCAUCUCUUCGGGAGUCGUACAUGGAUUUCCAGUUCUCAGGCGUUACAGUGUAUCUGCUGCUCGUUGCUUUCAUGGAUAUCCUCAGUUAUUUUACUUCGUCUUGGGCUUUCAGUUCCAUGCGUUCUUACCCCAAACCCCUUCCGACGGUCCUCACAGAAGCAGAGCAAAGGUCAAAGGAGGCGGAGGAGCGCGAGGCACAGCAGCAGCAGCAGCAGCGAAAACGCGGCGAGGACGAGCCGCAGCAGAGACGGGAUGGACGCAGUAACGUCUUGGAAGAUGAAGAAAGCCAACGUUCUUCCGUUGAACACAGCACGAAGGCAGAUCUCGUGGUGUUGCUUUUAUCAGGAGAGGCUUUUAGAGAACGGGCGUUUCGAGUCUCCGUCAGCAUCAAAAGAGGUCGAUUUGUGGUGUAUUCCGAUUUGCAGUCUCCCUCUGCGCCUGUCAUCGUUUGGAGCAGCGACUUUGUAGUUCGGCUGUGCAUGAAGGGUGAUGAGCUUUUGUUCGAGCAAGUGCAAGUUCUCGGCAGCAAAAUAUGCCGACUCGAAGCGACUUCCCUCCCCGCAGCUCACCAGAAGGCACAGCCGCAUGCAGAUAUGCUCAGAACGCCUUCUUUGGAGGUCGGCGAGGAGGAGGCUGUGCGUCGGAUGUCGCUCUCCGUGCCAGAAGAAUCGCGAGCGUCAAAGAACAGCAGCAACAGCAGCAGCAGCAGCAGCAGCAGCUGCAGCCGCGAGUUUGCGGCUGUAGCCUCCAGUGCUGGCGAUGCGAUAAGCCACAAGGCGUCGAAGAAGGCGACCUCGAGGGGUGCCAGAGGUCGGCACAAAGAAGGACGAUCGCAGCAACUGAGACACGAAUGGGUGCUGCAGCAACAGCUGCAGCAACAGCUGCAGCAACUCACUAUAGGGGAAGGCUCCUCUCUGGAAAGGCUGGCUCCACGUAUGGACUUAGCGAGCGCCGUGUUGCUGUGUGAACACUUUCAUUUGGAAGGAAACGGCGUUUACCGAUCGACAUCUCCACCUUUACAGCUCCCUGAUGAGGCUACGCCAUCGAGACUUCACCACUCGAAGCAGCAGCUCCUCCGCAGUGGACUGCGUUCUUCAGAUGCUGCGUCUCCUGCCAGUGCUGCCUCGCACGGCAGCACCCACAACCACGGGAGAGUGCCUGCUGCAAUGCAGCGCAUGCAGCAAGCGUUUUCUGCAGCAGCAGCAAGACUGCCAUCCAGCGCUGUCGCGCACAGUCCAGGAGGAGGCAGACGAACGCCGUCGUCGGAGGGUAACGAUUGUAGCAGCGGAGAGGGGACGGAGUCAUACGCCCACAGACGCGUCCUAACCUUCAUUGAUUUGGCCUUUGACAUCCCACUUUUUUAUCUGCGCGUUUCUAGCAGAGACAUGGCUCUCCUCUUGGCAGCCGCUCAGAGUCUUCACUCUGACGGUCCUAGCGUGUGCCCUCUUGAGCAGCCGCCUCCCAUUCGCUACCCCGAGGCUUGGAGCCAGCAGCAGCAGCAGUCGCCAGAGCAGCAGCAGCAGCAGCAGCCUCUGCCGCUGCCUUUGGUGGAGCGAACUGCGAAGGUAUCCGUGUGCCUGGAAGGUGCUCACCUGCUGCUUCUUGAUGACUUGCGCUCUUCAGUGUUGCCGCUUCUGCAGCUGCGGCUGGCUGCGGGAGCUCUUGUAUUCGACAUGUUGCCCACGCAGUUUCAGGCUGCUCUCCGAGACUUUUCGUGCGGACUGGAUUAUCUGAAUGCGAAGGCUGGAUGCUGGGAGCCGUUCGUCGAAAAGCUGGACGUCACGGCAGUCUACAAGCGCGACUACGCCGAAGAGAGGCAGCAGCUGCUGCAGCGCCAGCAGGCUCAGAGGGGGGCCCUCGAGGGGCCCCCUGGGGAAGAUCCGUGGGGUACCUUUAGAGCAGCGAAGACGCUGAUGCUGCACAGCCAGUCGCCUUUCUGGCUGAACUGCACGCCGCAGCUGUGCGAGCUUUUUGCGUGGUUUCUGCCCUAUCUCUUGGCUCAUCUCACAGACAGUGGGGCGGGGGGGGGGGGCAGCCACGCUCCUGACGACAGACACAGCGAUGGCAGUGGGGAAGGCGGGAUGAUAGCUCGGACUGUGAGCCUUAGCAGCUUCAGCAGGAUCUCUCCGAGGGCACCUUCUUCACGUGCUGCUGCGACUGCGGCAGCAGCAGCGCAGACAAGCACGUCGAGCGUUCCCAUGGAGGCGUCGCGUCAAGAGGCUUUCUCUCCAGCAGCAAGCCUCCCUGCGCUCGACAGUGAGAGCAAGGCAUCGGGAAAGGCAGCCAAAGAGGCAAGAGACACCGCGGAGACAGCAGCCACAGCACUGCCAGGGAGGAGGCACACGGAAGCGGCCUUUCGCUACUUGAACCUGACUGGCGAAUGCUUGUAUGCCUUUACUCUGCACAAGAUGCUUGCUCCGGAGACUACUCGUAGGCGAGGCAGCAUCUCCGCGAGCAGCUCGCCGUGCAGCGCUGGCACGGGGGGUGGGGAAAAGUGCAGCAGCAGCAGCAGUCAGAACUGCGGCGGAGCACAAUCCGUGAGCAGCUUAAUCCUGCUGCUUCCUGGAGCCUCGUCUCCACUCCCCCUGGAAGGCCUCAUGCAGAGCCGCACGGCGGAAGCCUCACGCCGCCAUCGCAGUCGCCAGCGUCUCUACAUCACGAACUGCCCUCCAAUAGACGCUGUGAUGGGCAUCAAAGAAUCGUUUCCCUCGGCGCAUCUCCCCGCCAUCAGCAGGAGCAUUUGCGCAACUCAAGACGCUGCAGCCACGUUGAAGAUCUUCUUGUGCACAGAAGAAAUGAAGAGGAAGAUCCGCUCGCGCAGCGUUGCCGUCUUCCACGGCGGGGAGGGGCGUCUGCCCCGCAUGUCUGAGGAAACGAUUGAUCCUUCCCCAGCAGCCAUUGGGCCCUUUCCCAGAGGCACCAAGGCAGUGGCAGUGGACGGCAUGCGCAGCUGCUGCGUCGCGUUGCUCCCGCCAGUCAAGUACGCAGGAGGAGACAGCCGCAUCGGGGGGGGGGGCAGUGGCUCUGCUGCUGCCUCCGCCGCAGCAGCAGCCGCCUCGGGGAGUAUGCGACCCGUCGUCUCCUCCUCUGCAGCGUCGCUUGCCGAGAAAUUCUUGAGCAGCAGCAGCAGCAGUGGCAAAGCAGCGUCGCGUCAAGCUGCUCGCAGCAGCAGCGGCAGCAAAUUCGCAGCGCGGCAGCUGCAGCGGCUCCGGAGCUCCUUAACGACAAGAGACAGACGGCCAUCGUCAGGCCUAUUUGCCGACUCUGCGAGGCACUCAGCACCGCUCGGUGGAGCGCAACUCAGCAGCCUGUGGUCGUGCAAGGAGGCGAAAGCGGCGGAGACUCCAAGACGUCAGCACAGACAGACUCGCUGGAGCCGGCAUCGAGAAUUCUUGGAGUCGCAUGCGCGUCGUCGAUCCUGGACGACAAGGGGGGAGUCUGCGAUUGCCAUGGAGAGGAGUGAUGAACCCUCGAUCAGCAGCAGCUUCGCUGCCCCUCUGCCUCUUUCGCACGUCGAGAUGCAGAGCGAGACGAUCUGCCAAGUGUUGAGUCCGCAUCCGUCCUUCAAGCUGUUGCUGCUGUCAACCACCGUGAUGGUGCAUAACAGCAGCGGCAUGCCUCUCGAGAUUUGCUUCCUAGAUGCCGAUCUGAACCCUCUGCUUCUCCCGGCUGCUUCGGGAGCCUCCGCUCCCGCUGAUGCCGUAGGCGGCCCUUCUGCGCAGACAGCAUCUAAAGAAGGCCAUCUCUCCGCAGAACCGCCCUGCUCCUUGCAUCCAGAUCUAGAGGUCGUUCCCCAGUGGAUGCUGGAGAGGGAGCAGCGCUGGAGGGAGGCUCAGCAACAGGAGAUAAUGCAGCAGAAGGAGCAGAUGCGGCUGCUCCUCCUGGAUGCAGCUGCCCCCGUGGCAGCCGCACCCUCUAAACGAUGGGGGAAGCUUGCCUUGAGGCGAGCGCAAACGGAAGCCUUGAGUGGCAGAGGAGUCUCCCACUCUCCACGCUCCAGACGCACCCCUUCUGUUUGGCAUCCGCAGGAGGCUGCAGCGGCAACUCGCCAAGAAACGCUUGCACUGAGACCCCUCACCCCAAAAGAGCAGAUAGACAGGCUGACAUACACCUUCCUCCUUCCGAACCAGCACGUUCUGUCAGUCCCCCAAAGGGCCAUCCUUGGGAAUGGAUGGUGCAAUGUCUGCUUUAGGCCUGCUGCGUUCGCUGAAGAAGCAGCCGCCACUGCAGCAGCAGCAGCAGCAGCGGCAGCAGACGGCGGCAGCAUGCGGUCGGGGGAGGCGGAUUCGGAGGCUGCAGCUUCAGAUGCGGAGGCUGAUCCGCUCAUCCUGCCCCCCGACAUGAGCUGCAUUGCCGGAUGGUGUGAUCUCAUAGACACGCGGCAAAGGAUGGAAGGUCUGCGCUGCCGUCAAAGCGCAUACCUCCCCCCCAGCUGUCGGCGAGGGACUGUCUCCUCAGCAGCGCAAGUGGAGGCUCAGAAAGAAGGCGCAGCGGCAUUCGCCGCUGCAGCCUUACAAACGGUUCGGAAUCUUUAUUUCCUGGUUCACAUAGAAGGCCGGAAGGGUGCGUUGCCGGCUGAAAAAGAACUGAAGAGAGUGACGAUCUUCCCCUCCCUCACCCUCGUCAAUGCGACCAUGACAGAGCUGGACAUAAACAUUGCGCCUUCUUCGACCUCCGACGGAAAGGCGAGCCGCAAGCAGCUGAUGGCAGUCGCCGAUGUCAAUCGCAGCAGCAACAUGGCUGCUGCCCUGCAGCAGCUGCAUGCGCUGCAGCACAGGCCCCAGCUCAGUGCAACGCUCAGGAGACACUCGACGUUUCUCGUCUACGAGGUGCCCCCCAAUAGGCCUCUGCGAUUUCGCAUGCGCUUCGCAAUGCUGGAAGGCGCGGAGUGGUCCUCUGUAAUCUCCGAUUUGCUCAGCACACAGCAAGACGAGGUUGUGAGUCGGCUGUUGCUGCCUUCACGCCACCUCGCCUCUGUAGAGUUGGAAGUGCUGCACGACACGGCCGAAGUCUUGCCCUUCCUCUCGUACAUAAUCUCCCCCAAGCAGCUGGUGGCUGUCAUCGCUGCGCCGCGCGCCUUUAUUGAUCGCACUGGUCUAGGCAUUCGUCCUGUUCAUGAAGGGCGAUUUUUUCCAGAGUUCGACGGGCAGAGUCUCCUUGGAGAUUCCACGACUUCAGACGUGACGCUGCUGCUGCCACGCCGCAGAAGUCAUGGGCAGCCGGUGGAGUGUCGCGUGACACUUCCGGCCCUUGGUGGACAUAGUCAUGCGGCACUGCAGACUGAGGAUCGCUGCUAUACACUGCGCCUCAAGACGGAGAAGAUGACGCCAUCGGAGACUGCAGGUAUGAAAGGCUUUCUCUCUCAGCGAAAAAACCCAUGA